ACGGCAGGAUCAGCGAGGACAGCGUGGACGUCAAUCGUUGCAUGUGCACGCCUGUGUGCGCAGACGGGCGCACGAGAAAAGACGAGUUCAAAAUAACACAUGCUUGAAUUAAAUCGCUCAUCACCAUUGCACGCACGGACAUGAUUAAGGAACGUGCACAUGAUGAGAGGGAGAAAAGGAAUGCGGCUAUUAUGAAUUAAUAAACCACAAAUUCAGACGAUAGUUUUUUUUUAUCAAGUAAAACAAGGAUUCCGCCUCGCCAUGGAGAACCAAGUCACCGAGCUGCAGCAGGAAAGCUACGAGGACGUACGGAAAAGCGGCUAUCUCCGCAAGCAGAAAUCUAUGCACCGGCGAUUCUUCGUAUUAAGGGCGGCAUCGGAACAGGGCCCCGCUCGACUCGAAUAUUAUGAGAACGAAAAGAAAUUUCGCAGUAAAUCACCUGUCCCUAAAAAAGCACUCAAUCUGGAGACUUGCUUUAACAUCAACAAGCGGGCGGAUUCCAAGAACAAGCACAUGAUAGUGAUGUAUACCCGCGGGGAGAGCUUUGCCAUCGCUGCAGACAGCGAGGAAGUCCAAAACGAGUGGUACCUGGCCAUGCUGGACCUUCAAUGUAAAUGUAAAAGCCCUGAAGACUGUGGCAGUGGAGGUGAGUGUGGCCUCCCCUCCCCCGGCGCCGCCUUCAAGGAGGUGUGGCAGGUGAAGGUGUGGCCUAAGGGGCUAGGUCAGGCCCGGAACUUGAUCGGCAUCCACCGCCUGUGCCUGACUGACAAGACGGUGAACUUUGUGAAGCUGAACUCGGACGUAGCCGCCGUGGUCCUACAGCUGAUGAACGUGCGCCGCUGCGGACACUCUGAGAACUUCUUCUUCAUCGAGGUGGGCCGAUCGGCCAUGACGGGACCAGGGGAGUUCUGGAUGCAGGUGGAGGACUCCGUGGUGGCCCAGCACAUGCAUGAGACCCUGCUGGAGGCCAUGAAGGCCCUGAGCGAGGAGUUCCGUCAGCGGAGCAAGUCCCAGACCGUGGGGGCCUCGGGGGGCGGGGGGACCGCCUCCAACCCUAUCAGCGUCCCUAGUCGCCGCCACCACCCCAACCUGCCCCCCAGCCAGGUUGGCUUCUCCAGGAGGGCCCGGACCGAGACCCCCGGCGCCGGGGGAGGGAACAGCACCAGCACGUCCCCCACGCCACGCCAUGGAUUCCCCAGGGCCAGGACCGCCAGUAUUGGGGGUCGGGCGGAGGACGGUGGGACCUCCACAAGGGGGGCUUGGGCGAGCUCCAGCCCCAGUCUGAACGGAUCCUGCUCCACCACCCCCACCUUCAGGCCCAAACCCACCAGGGCUCCCACCCCCGCCAAGAUCACCCUCAGCUUGGCUCGCUACACCCCCAACCCCGCUCCCUCCCCGGCUCCAAGCCUCUCCUCCAGCUCGGGUCACGGCUCCGAGUGUGGGCUGGUGGGGGCGGCGGUCGGAGGGGUAGCAAUCUGCUCCUACACUCGCAUCCCACAGAGAGUUUCCGUCUCUGGGUCUCCCAGUGACUACGGCUCCUCAGAUGAGUACGGCUCCAGCCCAGGGGAGCACUCCCUCCUGGUGCCCAGUCUGCCAGGGGGUUCCCUCGGGGGGCUGGGUCUCCACGCCUAUGGAGAGGUGUCCUCCAGCUACAUAGUGAUGGGCCAAAGGGAGGGUCUCCCCGGCUCUCACAAGCACUCCCAUGGCCGCAGGGUGCUGCGUCGCUCGUCCAGCAGGGAGUGCGAGGCGGAGAGGAAGCUGCUGAGCAAGAGGGCGUCCCUGCCCACGUCCGCCCAGGAGCGCCUCGCCCCGCGCAGGAAGGACGAGGAAGAGGACGAGGACGAAAAGUAUGCGGUGAUGUCGAGGAGCGUCAGCCGGGAGGCCCUCGUCUCGUCGCGGGGCUCCGGGGGCGAGCGGGGCAGGGCGAGGGCGGUAGGGGAGGCCCGGGGGAGGGCAGACCCGGGGAGGGGCGAGCCGGCAGGAGGGAGAGGAGACGGGAAGGUGGACAGCGGCUACAUGUCCAUGCAGCCUGGCGUGACGGCUCCUCCUGCCUCCCUCCCGCUCUCCGUCGCUGUGUCCGAGUCCUGCGCUAAACCGGACGACGAGUACAUGGCCAUGACCCCCAACAGCAGCGUCUCCCCCCCCCAACACAUCCGCCCGCCGGUGUCCGAGGGAUACAUGGUGAUGUCCCCCAGUAGCAGCUGCUCUCCAGACCUGCACGGCAUGGCCAUGUGGGGCAGCAGAGGCAGCAUCGAGAGCCGGGCCGGCAGCGACUACAUGAACAUGUCCCCCAUCAGCAUCCGCUCUGCCUGCAGUACCCCUCCCUCGCACCAGGAGCAGCACCCCCUCCAGCCCAAGAUGGCCUGCUCCUACUUCUCCCUGCCACGCUCCUACCAGCACACGCUCUCCACUCGCUUCGAGGAUGACCUGGGCCAGUGCAAAGGCAAGCAGGGCGGCGGUGAACGCGAUGGUUCUAGGAGCAGAGGAAAACAGGGGGGUUACAGCAAGAGAGACAAGGCCAACGUAGGGCAUGGGGGAGCCGGCCCUCUCUCCCUCUCCUCCUCCUCCUUCUCCUCCAGCUCGGCCAGCAGUGAGAGCCUGGAGGACAAGCCCAUGUCGGUGGCUGCGAGCGGGGUGCUCCGGCUAACCAGAAUAGGCCCGGGGUACAGAAGCUCAGGAGCGCGCUCCAAAGAAGGAAGCCACCAGCAGAAACGUGGCUCCGGUGGUCCGGGGCCUCAGCACCAGAGGAAGGGCAGGCCCCUCAGCGUGUCUGUGGACAUGUCUAAAGCCAACACGCUGCCCAGGGUGAAGGAAAGCCUCCUUCCUGCCGCCUCGCAGAGUCCCGGUGAGUACGUGAGCAUCAUGUUCGGGGGGAACGGGCUGUCGGGGACGCACGGUGCCCCUCGGCCCGUGCACCGCCCGGCCCUGUGCCAGGACUCCACCGGCCUCCCUCGCAGCUUCUCAGCCCCGCUGUCCACCUCUGCUGAGUACGUCAACAUGGACCUGGGGAGCUCCCCCUCCCUGACCCCUGAGGGGUCGUCGUUCGGCUCCCUGCGGGGCCCCACCGCCCCUCAGGCCCGAGACGAGUGCAGGAGGCCGCCUCUCGCAGCAACGGAGGGCAGCGGACGGCACAGGACUGCCGCGGCCAUGGCAACCGCGUUGUCGGACUCCCUAUUCACAGAAUACACGGAGAUGGCCUUCAGCCAGGUUGGCCCCGCCCCUUCCCUGGGCUCCGCCCCCUCACGGGGCCCCGUCUCCUCACUUGGCCCCGCCUCCCCUGUCGGAGCCUCGCUCCGCACCUCAGAGCAGGACCCUGGCCUGGUCGUCUCCACGGCGACGGCCUUCUCCUCUCCUGACAAGGGCAGCCGGCUGGUCAGAGAUGACCCUUUGGGAAGAAGACGCCACCAUUCAGAGACCUUCAUGACCUCCCUGUCCCAGCACCCCUCCUCCUCGGCCCAGUUCCUGGUCGCCUCCGGGGCUCACCAGGGGAUGGAAGCCUCUCUGUGGGAAAACGGCCAGCCAGCCACACCCGCCACACAGUCCUCCUCAGCACUGUCAGCUGAACACGGCCUUAACUACAUCGAUCUGGACCUGGCCAUGAGGGAGAGCCUCCAGACAGGGCUGGAGGGAGCUUCCGCCCCCCACAGCCUCUUCAGCCCCGGCCCCGGGGGGGGCCUGGGGACCAACGCCAUUGCUAGCCUCAACACCUAUGCCAGUAUUGACUUCUACAAGUCUGAGGAGCUGAGAGCACAGCAGAACAGUCGGAAGGAUGGCAAAGAAUGUUAAUGACCCAUCUUCUUCCUGAAGACAUUCCUGCUGACACAGCACCUGUGCUGUAGCUGGAC